CUUGUUUUCGUACGAAUAGAAAACGUUCGAAAGUAUGCCUCAUUCGUAUCCUUGGUUUCGUACGAAAGAAAUCUAUCCAUUCGAACUUUCGAACAUCGUUCGUUCGAACGAAUUGUCCUAUCCUUGUUUUCGUACGAAAGUGUUUUUUCGCCUGUCAGUCAAACGUUAAUGUUGGGUUGCGAAUCAGACGAAGCGUAGAAGAAAAUUCAAUCGAUGUUUACGUUUUUGUGGUUUAUUCAGGUGAUGUGUGAAAAAUUGCUGUAGAAGCAGAAAGAAAGACAUUUCCAAUAGAAUAUUUCAACUCUAAAACCUAGACGAAACAGAACCUGGAUAGAACAAUGUCGAAACCAUCGAAAUCCAAAAGCACAAACAAGGAUCAAUACAGCCGACUGGUUGAUCUCUUGGAAGAGCAGCCGGAUAUCGCGAAGGGUUUCGCGAAAUGCAAUGCUUCUCCCUACUGGAAUUCUGUGGCAGCCGAGUUGAACAGUCUUGGGCCACCAACUAAAGAUUCAACUGCGUGGAAAAAGGUCUGGUUCGAUUGGAAAUCGAACACGAAACGCAAGCUAGCCCACAACCGUCGCGAGCAAUUUGCUACAGGUGGGGGUCCUAGUAAGUUUAUUGAACUUACUGCGCUGGAGGAACGAGUUGUUGUUCUUGCAGGACUUGCUCCAGCAGUUGAGGGCAUAGCCGACACUUGCAGUUUCGGGCUAGAACCUAGCGCAAAUCAAUCAAUUCAUGACAGUGGGGAAUCUGCGUCGAUUGAAGAUAAUCGAAUUCCGGAGGAUAGAGCCAAUGAGAAUAAUGAGACGCAUACAUCGAAGAAGAGGAGGACAUCAAUGCACACAUUGCUGGAGACACAAGUGCAAAACCAAGCAACGUUUCAUGACUCGGUCACCAAUAUUCUAAAAUGCUUUGAAAAAAAACUGCUGAUUUGGUUCAUUAUAACAGACAGAUUUCGAAACAGUUAGAGA